UGUUUUUUUUUUCGUCUUAUCUUUCUAUUACCCCCCCGGUCUGGCUGCAAGCUGCCUCCACAAAGCUCGCUUCCCGUUCUUCUUCGCUGGGCUCUGGAAGUUCGCAUUGGACAUGUUGUGUUUCUCUUGAACAACCUUGUCGGCUGGCUUUUCAUCUUCUUUUCGCUCUGAGAACAUCUACCCACCUCCCCGGUCUUCUCCAUGCCACGCGGCUACUAGUCUAAGUGAACCACCACACAAAUACCAUGGUCUGGAGCCAAUGACGGAGGCGGAUAUGAUGAUGAUGAGACGGGUACCAACUCGGCCGCUGCUUUCGCGCUAUGGGCUCGCGCUGCUCGCAACCCUUUUGAUUUAUUUCGUCUUGGUGCAGCCUUCCUUCAACAGUCGCGCCCACCAUCUGCGCACAAAGGGCCCCGACGAUGAUCAGAGCAACGUGCCUCAUGGCAUACCGCUGAAAGAUACCAACCCUGUGGGACCGAGCUCGAACCAGCAGCCGCUCGCGGACGAGCCGCGCCAGGACAAAGUUUACAAGCCGAAGCCAGAAACAUACCCGCCAAUCGAGGACCCUUUCCCCUGGCUGUCUGCGAACAACAAGCCACCUCCCGUGCUGCCCAACAACGCACCGCCCGAUCCGCAUGUACCGGAGCACACGCCGCUGCUCAUCGGUUUCACGAGAAACUGGCCAAUGCUCCUGCAAUGCGUAUCCAGCUACAUCGCCGCGGGCUGGCCGGCCGACGAUAUAUACGUGGUAGAAAACACAGGCACCUUUCGUUCGAACAAGGACAGCAAGCUCAGUCUGCAGAACCCCUUCUUCCUCAAUCAUACCCAACUCAAGAUCUUGGGCGUCCAUGUCCUGACCACGCCGACUCUGCUUACCUUCGCACAGCUGCAGAACUAUUUUCUGCACACAGCGUUGCAGCGAGCAUGGGACACAUUCUUCUGGAGCCAUCAGGAUGUCAUUGUGUUUUCUGACGAAGACGUGAAAAAGAAGGACAGAGAUCACGACUACGAGCAUGACCCCUACGCUACCAUCUACGAGAGGGCCGUGGGUCUUAUGCGUUACUUGGACGAACCCGAGAUGCCCGAGUGGGCCACACACUUCUUCGCGUACGACCACCUCACCCUCGUGAACCGCGAUGCCUAUCUGGAGGUCGGCGCGUGGGACACGCACAUCCCUUUUUAUGCCUCGGACUGCGACAUGUACCUCCGACUACAUUGGGCCGGCUACUGGCAGCCGCAGAGCGAGGCUGGCCUCGUCUUCGACGUCAAUUCACGUUUGGACGACAUCGGCGCCCUGUUCCGCCUGCCAGGGGCCCACGCGAGCUUCGAAAGCGACCCGCUCUUCACAGACCCCGCCCGGCCGCACAAGGAGGCGGAGCAAGAGCGGGAAUUCGAGGUCCGCAGAUGGGUCGAGAAAGGCGGCGAGAGUCAUCAGCACCUCGUUGCCGUCGCGGAGCGCAUGAUGGAUGCCAAGUGGGCUGACGAGGGCAUCUGGCGCAACACGUGGCAGACCAAGCAGGGCGGGGGCGAAGGCGAGCCGCACUACCGCGACCCGAGUGGCUUCGAGGACGGCAUCAAAACUAUGAUCGAUGCUGGACGCCGCGUGUUUGCCAGCAAGUGGGGCCAUAGGGGCUGCAACCUCAUUGACUUGGGCAUUGAAGCCGAGGACGCCUGGAAGUUAGAGAGGGAUUGGGAUGUCGUGAUGGAUGGCACAGGUGCCGAGGGCGGUGAUUGGGGCAAGGACUGGACCGGCAUUGACUAAGGAUCGCGCAAGGGCACGAAAGGACGGGUUUUGGCACGAUAUAAAAACUUUAGCGCUGGUUGGGGGGGGGUUUUUUUUUUUUUUUGGGAUUCUGA